GUAGGGCGCAGGCCGCAGUUGCGUUCAACCCGCCGAGGAUAGCAGACGUGUUUAUGAAAAGUUAAAUUAUAAUAUAUUGUGAAAUGGCGGGCAAAUCGAACGGUGUUGAUUCGUCGGGCUGGGCUCGGGCGCCGCCUGAGGCUGGGCCUCUCUGGCAGAGGGUUUGUAAGGCGAUCUACAAUCCACAGGAGAAAAGCUUUUUGGGAAGGACGCCGAAGCGAUGGGGUAUAGUUCUGGCAUUCUACCUGAUCUUCUACGCGGUGCUGGCGUUGCUUUUCGCUACCUGCAUGGGUGUCCUGUUCCUGACCCUGGAUGAUAAGAAACCUAAGUUUGUUCUAGACAGUUCUCUAAUUGGAGCGAAUCCAGGCGUAGCAUUCAGACCAACCGCUGGCUUUGGUCUACGCUACAAGAACACAAACACAUCGAGUUAUGAUGUUUUUGUGGAUGAUUUGAAAGAUUUCUUUAGUGAUUAUGAAACCGAAGACUGGUAUUCAGCAAAGAAAGACUGCAAAGCGGAUGAUAAUUUUGGGUAUCCAGACACGCCCUGCUUUUUUAUUAAAUUAAAUAAGAUUUACGGCUGGAAGCCAGAAUACUACGACGUAAACAGCCUGCCCGAAGAUAUGCCGAGUGAUUUACAGGAACACAUAGGCGCAUUGCAAGAGCUUGAGCACCACCAAAUCUGGGUAUCCUGCAAGGAUGAAGCAGUCAACGCGACAAACAUUGAAUACCCCUGGGGCAGGGGGUUGCCGGGUCGAUUCUACCCCUAUCUUAAUGUAGAGGGGUAUUUGAGUCCCGUUGUCGCGGUUAAAGUCACUUCUAUACCCAACGCACAAAUCGCGAUCCGCUGCCGUGCCUGGGCCAAGAACAUACACUACAACAAAAGCCUGAAAGAACCUUCUGGAUACACCCGUAUUUUGCUUUACAUAGAGGAUACAACCGGUUUCAACUCUACGGACACAGAUGUCGCUGAAAGCAAAUAAAUGAGGUUUUAUAACUCUUUAGUGUUAUGGAAAAGUUUAUAAUUGGGAUUCCAAAAUUAAAAAUGUAUUUUUUGAAAAUGUUUUUGGAAAUAUGUAAGUAACUGUGCACGUACUGUUUCUUAACGUUAGUUUUUUAAGCUAACGUUUGCAAUCGUUAAUUAUUAUUAUACCGUCAAAAUUUGAUUUUGAUUAAAAUAUCGGGUUUACACGUAAAAUGAUAAUAAUCGCAAACAUUUUUUUUAAAUUAUUGUCACGUUUUAUGGAAUCUCAUAAUUGUAAUUAGUGGAGUUAUUUUAUUUCAUCAUACGUGAUCAUAC